AUGUCCAAAUCUAAAAUUGACACCCCCGAGAAGAAGCGCAAGCGCGACGCCGAGGCAGCAGAAGAUGCGCCGAAGAAGUCCAAAAAAUCCAAGAAGACAGACAAUGUCCAGGAUGCGCCUGAAGUCGAAGCGACCGAGGUGAAGAAAGAAAAGAAAGACAAGAAGGAUAAGAAGUCUAAGAAGUCCAAGGGCAAUGUCGACACAUCGGCCGUCGAGGACGCCUUAGAAGACGCAAAGAAGGAGAAGAAGGAAAAGAAAUCGAAAAAGUCCAAGAAGUCCAAGGAUGCGGAUGUCUCUGAGGAUGCGCAGGAGGCUGAUCUUAUCGAUGAGAUGAAGUCCUCGGAGAACUUCAUCAGCGUCAACGAUGACGAGCCAAUGCCCGAUGCCAGCGAAGAUGCGCCUGCGAAGAAGGAAAAGAAGUCCAAGAAAGAGAAGAAGGACAAGAAGUCGAAGAAGAGCAAAGACGCUGCCGCAUCUGAGGACACACCUAUGAAAGACGCAGCUGAGGAACAGAAUGGCGUAGCUAAAGACACACCAGCAGAGACAAACGGCGCAGACUCUGACUCCAAGGCUGCUAAGAAGGAGAAGAAGAAAGAGAAGAAGGAGAAGAAGGAGAAGAAGGAGAAAAAAGAGAAGAAGGCAAAGAAGGCGGCAGAAGCAGAGACCAAUGGCGAAACCUCUACUGAAGAGCCCAAAGCCGAGACCAACGGUGAAGCCUCUGCAGAGGACAUAGAUGCAGACAUCGAGGGUGGCGCCGAAGUCGAGGUAGAGGGAGAGGAAGCCCAAGCCGCAGUCGAGGCUAACAAGGGCCGCUUCAUCGUCUUCGUCGGCAACCUUCCCUACAGUGCUACGAAAGAGCAAAUCGAGAAGCAUUUCGAAAAGAUCAAGCCCACCGACAUCCGUCUCCGUACAUACAAGGGCACUGAGAAGUUCAUGGGCACCUGCUUCAUCGAAUUCGACCGCUACGACCGUAUGGUGACGUGCUUGAAGAAGUACCACCACUCCCUCUUCGCCGACCCCAAGAAGAAGGAGGGAAGGAAGAUCAAUGUUGAGCUGAGCGCAGGAGGUGGCGGCAACAGCGAAGCCCGCAAGUCCAAAAUCUCCGCCAAGAACGAGAAGCUCCACGACGAGCGUGCCCGCGACCGCGUCAAGAAGACGGAACUCGAAAUGAAGCAGAGCGAACGCAAGGCGAAGAAGGAGGCCAAGUCGGGCAAGAAGGACGGCGAUGACGCCGAGACUGGAGAGGAGGCUGCUGCAGCAGACGAGCCCUCUGAGGCCGCUACGUUUGGCAUGAACCCUGCGCGGUUGGCUAUGAUGCAGGGUCCUGAGCGACCGCAGCAUAGGUCGAGAUAUUGA